AUGAUCCGCUUGGGGGGUUGCCUUUGCCUUCCGCUGAUCCUUACUAGUCGGCUGCUAUUGUUGGCUCCUCACACCCCCGCAUCGAUUGCCGCGGCGAAUCUCAACCGGAUUGGUUCCCCAUUCACCUCGUCUUCCCUCUCGGCGGCGGCAGUAGGGACGGCAGUCAUGAGAGCUCCACCGGUGGCGAAGAAGGUCAACCAUGUGAUGGAGCUGUUCGGGGACGUCAGGGUCGACGACUACUACUGGCUCCGGGACGACUCCCGGGCGAAUCCCGAAGUCCUCUCCUACCUCAAAGAGGAGAACGACUACGUUGACUACGUUAUGUCCGGUGAGAUUACGGAUUUUAAUGGCGUUUGGUUGUUCGCUUCUUGGCCGUCGUUUUAGGAACGUGAUGGCAUCCCGAGCUUUGGUUUCUCGCGUCAAAUGUGGGGCUAGACCUUUUCUUCCGACAGGUCAAAUGUGGACUCCAUGGUGCUUUUCUUGUGCUGUUUUGAUUGGAGUAUCUCCUUUGCUAUCGAUGUAGUCCACUGAGUAUCUUAUUGAGACGUCGACAAAGUCUUUCCUGGGUGGGGACUGAGCUUUCUCCAGGAUCUAGCUUCUUGACCAUCAUUAUCAUUUCUACUUCCCCUCCCCUCACCCCCCCCAAAAGGAGUCGUCGCGUUGACUUUUGAGCUUCGGGUCCUUUUUCUCCUGUCUGUGGGGACUCAGGGACGACCGACACAUUUUAGAGCCACAGGUGCAUUCUUUGAGACAUGAUAUUUGUGCUAUUAUCGAGGGUUAAAUAGACUGCAUAGAGCGAAGUUCGCAUUCUACUACAGAGAUCUGCUUCAUGUUUGUGAACGGAGAGAUUUAUGUAUAAAAAUAUUUCACUAUGUUUCUCUAGCUCAAAUUGGGCAAUGCUUGUGAUGUGUUCUACCGAGUAUAUUAUUCACUAUGCUUGCCCGAAUGUAUGAGAAUUAUUGAAAUGGCAUUCACUUCAGUCAUAAAAGCGACUCUCUUUUGCUAAACUCCAUGACAAUAAACUUUUUCGUCUGUUAUCUGAAACAAUAUUCUAAUACUGCCAUGUAUUUGAACCAGGAACAAAAAAAUUUGAAGACGAGCUUUAUGCGGAGAUUAGAGGAAGAAUCAAGGAAGAUGAUAUCUCUGCACCUGUGAGGAGAGGUCAAUAUUACUAUUAUGAACGAACAUUGAAGGGUAAAGAGUAUGUUCAGCACUGUAGACGCCUUAUUCCUGGUGCUGGAGCGCCUGCCUCUGUACAUGACAUAAUGGCCACCGGACCUGAUGCACUGGAGCACGUUAUCUUAGAUGAGAAUAUUAAGGCUCAGGAACACGGUUACUACAGCAUCGGGUCCUUCAAAGUACAGUAUUGCGAUUAAUUAUUCAUUUAUGGGUGUGGAUUUUCAUUUGGUAUUUGACCAUUUUGGUUCCCUGGUUUUCUCAGGUAAGCCCCAAUAAUAAGCUCGUGGCAUAUGCUGAAGAUACUAAGGGUGAUGAGAUCUACACGGUUUAUGUCAUUGACGCUGAGACAGGAGUUACCGUUGGGAAACCUCUGACUAGCGUAACCUCAUAUGUUGAGUGGGCUGGCGAUGAAGCAUUAGUUUACAUAACAAUGGAUGAGAUCCUCCGGCCUGAUAAGGUUUUUUUUUUUCAUUCUCUCAAAUCUAGAUGCAAUGCUUCUUAGAACAUAAUAUAUGUACCAUAGUUUUUUGUUUCUCUUGGUUCGUCUUUUCAAUGUGUCUCUAUUAUCUGAAGUCCUAAAAUCCUUUGGUUAUAUUCUUCACAGUUCCUAACUGUAUUCUUCACAAUGUGUCCUUUUAUAUUCUUCACAAUGCGUUCCAAUUGUAUAUGUGCAGCAUCAUAUACUUAUUCUACCCCCGCUUGAUUAUGUGCAGUCAAUGCAUGUGUUAUUUGGACGAAAAGAAGUAACCAAACAAGUCCUUAAUCUUCAUGUUGGUUGUUGCUCUUUGAAAGAUGUUCGUAGACAGUUCUAUAUUACCUCCUCGAACUCGAAUUCUUUCUAUUUUAUGACAUCAAAUAGUACCCCGAUAGAUUCUAUUGUAUGCCCUCUCCAAACUGAUAAAGCUCAGAUAUUGGUUUUGGUUUUUUGUGUUAAACAUUUCCUUCAGUAGCCAUAGUUUGAAAUUUUAUGUUAAUACCUUACGCUCUAGGCAUAAAAUAUAACUAAUUUCUAAAACUUAUUUUGUUCUCUUCUAUAUGCUGUCUAUCCAUCUACUUAUCUAUUUCUUUUGGCCUCAUAUUUCACCAUAUCAAGUUGAGGCUGGUGGAAUCGGGGAAAGAAUGUCUCUGUUAUUCUUAGAUAUUGUCUGAAUGACCUCUAAUUAUUCAACCAAGACAUAUCAAUAUUCCUUUUAUUCUUCUACUCUUCCAUAAACAUCGUUUUUAUGUUUGAUUGUUUUAUUUUCUUUCAUGUUGUUUAUCCACGUUCAUAGUAAAGAUUUUCCACGUUUUAGAUUGGGGACUAAACUAAAUCAUGAGAAUUUCAGAUUCUGGGAAGGUUUGACUUCCUAAGGCAAUUGAGAGUAUGCCCGUUUGGUCUAUUGGAUGGGAAUCAUGUUUUAUCUUUUAUGUAUGUGGGUAUGUCCUGUCCCUGUGGGACACUGGUAAAAUAAAUAUUUGUUGAUACCUAUGCCUGUGUAUACUUAUCCGAAGUUGUAAUGCUAUAAAUUACUGACCCUUUUUUUUAAAGACACUCGAUCUUCUUCUAUAAUAAAGCGAUAAUUUUUUUCUCUCUAUCAUAGUCACAUAUCCUGCUGGUCGCUCGACCUUUGCAAUAGUAUAGUCUUAACAUACUAAAAAAUUACGUUCUGUUAGUAACUUCUGCCAUUACCAAGCAAGGUAAAUUGGUUGCCAUACUUUUCUAGUCAAAAUAUGAUUCUUCGUGCAUUCUUAAUUUACUUUCUUUAUUUCAAUUUUUAGAUUAAGGAAUAAAAUGGGAGAAUGUGGUUUUUGAGUUCGUAAAUUGACAACCGUUCUGUCUGAAUCGGUGACGAAUGUGUCAUGCUUAUUUCAUUUUAUAAUUCUCAUCGCUACUUGACAUUCAUCACUAGUCAUCUUGAUUCUCACUCGGUGCUCUCUAUAGGUUUGGCUGCACACAUUGGGAUCUGAUCAAUCAAGUGAUCGUUGCCUCUAUCAUGAAAAAGAUGACAUGUUCUCUGUUGAUCUUCAAGCAUCUGAAAGUAAAAAAUAUUUGUUUGUUGCAUCUGAGAGUAAAAAUACACGGUUUGUAUUCUACCUGGAUAUUCUUAAACAAGACCAGGGGCUUGUGGCCUUGACACCCCGUAUAAAUGGUACUGACACAUCAGUCAGUCAUCGAGGAAACCAUUUUUUCGUCCUGAGAAGAACUGAAGAACUCUACAACUCUGAAUUACUUGUUUGCCCCUUGGAUGAUCCAUCUAAAACUACUGUUCUGCUUCCACAUCGAGAAAGGUACUUUUCUUUCACCGAUGACAUGCUGUAACUACCUUUCCCACUUGUUUCAGUCAAAAUAUCUUAUCUUCUCUUGUACAAUAUGGAUUUUACAUCUGAGCGAUGUGGGUAUUUUGAGUUCCGGUUAAACAGCGAGGAUUAGAUGAGCUUAAGAUAUGUCCCCGUUCAUACCAGAAAUGUUUGUGAUGAACAUAGCGUGAUCACGUUAGUUCCUGUGACACCAGUCACAGACAAUAGGCAAGCACUCAUAUAGCACACGUAGCCUUUCUUGAGAUAUGAUUUGAUGUUUCUAUAAAUAAGUACUUUGAUAUUAAUAGCAGGUAUGAAAGUGGAGCAGGAAUAGCUCUUGAUUUAGAAAAUAGGGAUUUUCUCAUCAAAUUUACCCCAAAGAGAGAACUUGUCUUGAAGUUCAUUUUUUGUACAAGCCGCUGUAUUGUGAAAUUGUCAAUUCAUGGACCUAUAUGGCCACGGCAUACCCGUUAUAAACAAUUUUACGAUCGAUUUCUUCACUUCAAGUAUUGCUUCCACACCUAAAGAGAUAAACCGUGACUAUUCACCUCGCUUCUGUAGAACAGACCGUCCAAUUAUGACCAAAAGUGUUUACCUUUACCUUUGUUGACUGAGCCCUGACUCACAGUAGCACAUUUUUCAUAUGAGGGAUAUUCUCCUCUUUCCUGUUUUCUUCCUACAUCAUGAACCUUCUUCUGAUUUUUUUUCCAAUUUUUUUUUUCAACAGAACCUUUGUUUUGGAUAUGUAAAUUUAGAGAUUAAAAUUUAAAUAAUGCUAAUAAAUUAUAAUUAAAAUAAUAAAAUUUUUAUGUCGUGUAUGAUAAUUUAUUUGACUUUAAAAUCAAAAUAAUAGUGUUAUCGAAUAGUGUCACAUCAUAAUGUUAGUUAUGAUUUUAUUGAAUAGUAAGUUGUAAAAGUCAGUUAAUACUUUGAAAGCAUGGAUAGUUGCUUGACAGCCUUCCUACGAUAGGUGUGAUAAAAUUACCUAAUUUUAUUAUAUAUGUAAUUUCCUUUGACCGAAAAGAGAGACUGUAGACAGGACUGCAGAACCUGAAUUUUCAAAUAUGUUCCAAAAUUGAAACUCAUUAUUUAAUUGACCACUGAGAAGAAGAAGAUCAAGUCAUUACAUUGAUGUAACACUUAAUUCAUGGUGAAUCACCCCCCUGUCCUUUUUCUCUUUUAAUAAUAUUCGGUAAGGUUACCAGUUGACCACUUUUUUCCUCGUCCAAAGCAGAAGAAGAUUCCAAAGAGAUUCCAUGGUUGCAAACUUGCAAUAAUGCUCCAGGUCCCAUCACCUGGUCUUUAAUAAAAACAGUUUCUCUCCUGUCUACCAUUUUCUAUAGUCGACAAUUACAUUCUCUAUUUUUUUUUGUCAUGACAAUUUCAUAUAUGUCGGUUAAGUUUUCAUAUAAUAUCUUUUGUUCAUUUGAUUUCUUUCUGAAUCUUUUUGUGUGAAGAUGUGAUACUUCUAUGGUUGUUGUUACUUAUUCAUGAGAUUAUUUUUCAUUAUUAAAGCAUUAUUAACGUGAGUUUCUCAGUGUGAAAAUACAGGAUAUAAAACUUUUCGAAGAACAUCUUGUGGUUUAUGAGCGUGAAAAUGGUUUACCUAAAGCAAUCGUGUAUAGACUUCUACCAAUCAGCGAAUCUAUUGAACGUCUUGGAGAUGGCAGAGCCAUUGCUUUUAUUGAUCCUGCCUAUUCAUUGGAUCCUGAAGAAUCACAGUUUUCGUCUACCAUUUUAAGAUUUUCCUAUAGUUCGAUGAGAACUCCACCUUCCGUCUACGACUACGACAUGGAUACAGGUGUUUCUGUUCUCAAGAAGAUUGAGACAGUAAGUAUGCCCUAGCCUUUCACUAUGCCUGACCACGUUCGCUUGUAUUUUGUAGAAAGACUGUAUUGAACAUUGCAUAAUCAUUUUAGCUCCAGUAAAACCCAUGGCAUACCGAAAAAAGCACUCGAGUAAAGAAUGCAGUCUAGCUUGAGACAUGAUUCGAUACUACAGUCGACAGGUAUUCGGAGAUAAAUGGCCAGUGUAUUAUGAUAUCUGAUUCACUUGAUGCUGCCAACAGGGUGCUCUUCUUAUGGACUUAUUCCACUAUUCACGCCUUUUUCUACCUCUGUGAAUGAUGCAUGGUUGUCAAUGUGUGUUUUGUGACAUCAUGAUUUAUUUAUAUAAUGUGCUCAGGAACGAUGAACAUAUUUGAACGAAGUAAAAUGCAGGUACUUGGUGGCUUCAACUCAUCAAAUUACGUGACUGAGAGGAAAUGGGCAACUGCUUCAGAUGGUACCCAGAUACCCAUUUCGAUUUUCUAUCAUAAGAAUCUUGUUAAGCUCGAUGGUUCUGAUCCCUUACUGCUUUAUGGAUACGGCUCUUAUGAGGUAAUUUAUGAUUCUAUAUCUCGACAUUAUGCAUUAGUCAUUUCUUAAUACGAAAAUUAUGUGGUACUAUCCAGUUUUGAAAAAAAGAACAUCAAGGUCAUGAGCUUAUGCUCAAAUUUUAUUUGUAAAAUUAUUUUUACGACCUGUAUUUAUCACCAUCCUUUUUUUUAAUUUCUUUGAUAGUCAAUCUAAAUGUCAAUGCUCACUCAAAUCCUAGAAUCUUUCCCCGCAUCCAAUACGUAAUACUGGAACAUGUUAUAUACCUUACCUGUGGAGUUCAGAAUUGGCUAAUCCAGAACUUCAGAUGGCCAAACAGAUUGCUAGGAUCAAUCAGCCUGAUAAAUUUUUUAUGUGCCAAUGCUGAUCAGAUCUGGAUCUGGAUUGACCCAGACAGAUUCGGAAAAAGCUGAUCGGAAAAGCUUUUAUUUAUUUAUUUCUUCGUUUUAUUUCGUUUUGUUGUCGUUCCCUCUAUUUUUUUAAUUCUCUUCCAUCAUCCCUUGGCCUAGCUUAGAAUCAUCAUAUCAAAGGUAAUGCAUGGGCCCAUCCUCUUCCAGAGUCGUAUCAAUACAUGGCACACUCUCUUCUUUUUUUAUUCCACAAUUGGAUCAAAACUCAUGGCUAGCAUACCUCUUUCUAAGUUAUUGGAAUGUGUUGAGAAACAUAGAUCGAUUGAAAACACAGAGAUUUCCUCUCUCACGGAGGACAAAAGGGAGGAACCGUGGAAACUGCCUCAACCCAUCAUCGACCUCUCACAUCCCUUAAAAGGGAAGAAAACCCUACAGAAAAUUUCCCAAAAUACCCUUAUAACUUCCAACAGAAUGCAUUUCAGCCACCUUAUUGCGUAUCAUUGCGUAUCAUCGACAGUCAACUAAUGUCUCUGCUCAAGCUUUUUACUCAAGAAAAUUGCUUGGUUCAUUUUACUCCGUUUUUUGUUUUUUUUUAAUAUACCGAAGAAAGCAUUCUCAAUGAACAGGCAUUUAUCUUUGAGAUUACCCUGUCAUCAUCUUUAAGCUCCAUUUAACUGGCGGACGUUUCUCUCGCCUGCAGGUAUGCAUUGAUCCCAGUUUCAAAGCUUCUAGGCUGUCUUUGGUGGAUAGAGGAUUUAUCUAUGUAAUUGCUCAUAUUCGUGGGGGAGGUGAAAUGGGGAGGCAGUGGUACGAAAAUGGGAAGCUGUUGAAGAAAAAAAACACCUUUACGGAUUUCAUUGCCUGCGCUGAGUACCUAAUAGCAAACAACUACUGCUCAAAGGAGAAACUCUGCAUAAAUGGAAGGAGCGCUGGUGGCUUGCUCAUUGGUGCUGUUCUGAACAUGCGUCCGGAUCUGUUCAAGGCAGCGGUAGCUGGGGUUCCAUUUGUCGACGUCUUGACAACCAUGCUCGAUCCAACAAUCCCUUUGACAACCUCUGAGUGGGAGGUCUGGACCUUGAUUUUAUUUUUAUUUUUUGGCGGCUGGAUUUAAAUUUCUUUUCUGUUUUCAAAAAAUUAUUAAUUCCCUUGAAAAUAAUCCCUGUAGGAGUGGGGCGAUCCCAGAAAGGAGGACUUUUACUUCUACAUGAAGUCGUACUCUCCAGUCGACAAUGUGGGUAGAAAAAAAAUAUUAUUUUUCUGGCCUGGUUGACUUUGUUAUAGUUGACUCUGACCUUCUUCCGCUUUCGCAGAUAAGACCACAGAAGUACCCAGACAUUCUUGUCACUGCCGGCUUGAACGGUACCCUCUUUGGUUCGAGCUUCGCCACUCCUCUCAUGGUUUUCACGCUGAUCUUUCCCGUUGCGUUUCUCAUGCUCCUCCAGAUCCCCGCGUUCUGUACUCGGAACCUGCCAAAUUCGUGGCGAAGCUGAGGACGACGAAGACAGAUGACAAUCUUCUCCUGUUUAAGUGCGAGCUUGGCGCCGGCCACUUCUCCAAGUCGGGAAGGUAACCCCUCUCGUAAUAUCCAGAAAUAGUUAUUUUUAAUAAAAAAAACUGAAAAUGGCAAAAAUGCCAUAUAUACUGAAUGACGCCUUCUCGAUAAAUAAAUAAAUAAAUAAAUAAUUAUGGGCGGUGGCAAUCAGGAUCCUUUCUGUGGGUUUUCUCAGUAAUUUUUCCUCCCGAUUUGGUACAGAUUCGAGAAGCUGCAGGAAGACGCAUUCACUUACGCUUUUAUUCUCAAGGCGUUGGACAUGAUCCCAGUUCCCGGAUCCUGA